CGGGAAAGGGCGCGGCGGCGGCGGCAGAGCGGCGCGGAGCGGAGCGGAGCGGAGCGGCGCGGAGCGGAGCGGAGCGGAGCGGCGGGGCUGGGCACUGCCGGCGGGGCUGAUGGCGAGUGCGGUUAGGCUAAUCUUGUUAUUUGCUUUUCUAGUUGUAAAAGUGAGACCCUGAGAGGAAAUACUCUGCCGCUGUCCUGCUGUUGCCCUUGCUGAACAAGGAGUAGAAACCAGGGUGCAGGUUACGACUGCUCUUGCCUUGCACUUCCCCUUCUCGUGCCUUGUGACUCUUCACCAAUCACGGCGGAAUCCAUCAAGCCCACGCUCUGCAGAGUUGUCAUCUAUCUACAGAAGGAGAUGUCAGGGGACACAUGUCUAACCACUCUUUGUCCAGCUGCAGGAUCCAAGCCCAAAACUUGCAGCUUCAAAGGGGGCAACCUCGGUAACAAAUAUGUGCGGCUAAACGUUGGGGGCUCCUUGUAUUACACUACGGUUCAAGUCCUGACCAGGCACGACACAAUGUUGAAGGCAAUGUUUAGUGGCAGGAUGGAAGUGCUCACAGACAAAGAAGGCUGGAUCCUUAUAGACCGUUGUGGGAAGCACUUUGGAACAAUUCUAAACUAUCUCCGAGAUGACACAAUUGCACUUCCAAAACACAGACAGGAGGUCAAAGAGUUGAUGGCAGAAGCCAAAUAUUAUCUCAUUCAGGGCUUAGUAGACAUGUGCCAAGCAGCCCUGCAGGACAAGAAAGACUUGUAUGAACCUGUUUGUAACAUCCCUAUCAUCACAUCUCCAAAAGAAGAAGAGAGACUCAUAGAAUCAUCAAUGAAGCCUGUUGUUAAGCUGCUUUAUAAUAGAAGCAACAACAAAUACUCCUAUACCAGUAAUUCAGAUGACAACUUACUGAAGAAUAUAGAACUGUUUGACAAACUUUCUCUCCGAUUCAAUGGCAGAGUUCUCUUCAUUAAAGAUGUUAUAGGAGAUGAAAUCUGUUGCUGGUCUUUCUAUGGACAGGGUCGGAAACUUGCUGAAGUCUGUUGUACCUCUAUAGUGUAUGCCACAGAGAAGAAGCAAACUAAGGUUGAAUUCCCAGAGGCACGAAUAUAUGAGGAAACACUAAAUGUUUUACUUUAUGAAACACCACGAGUUCCUGAUAACUCUCUGCUGGAAGCAACAAGCAGGAGCCGAAGCCAGGCCUCUCACAGUGAGGAUGAUGAUGGUUUUGAACUUCGUGAUCGAGUGCGCCGAAUCCAUGUGAAGAGAUACAGCACCUAUGAUGACCGUCAGCUUGGCCACUAGCUUGUCAGUAGAGAAGAAAGGGUGUACUUUGAAGGCUUGUAUGGAUAUUCUUUGAGUGAGGUCAAGAAGUAGGGAGGUGUAAGUUGGACUGUGUGGACUAACCUUCAUCUGGCUUCCUGGCUCCUUAAAGAAGCUAAAGGGCAUUUGUGCACACAAAGUAACACUAAAGGCCAAAGGCUUUGAGAACUGACAUGUUAAUUUUGCACCACAUGCUUUAAAUAGAGACUGACCCCUUUGUUUGCUGCACAAGGAGUUGAAUCUUGAACACUGCUUCUGACAGUUCAUAGUUGGUCUUUCAUAGCUAAUGAUUUGCCAGUUAUCUUACUUCCAGUAAGAAGUACUGUUUUUCCUGGGUAAGAUGGUGUGAUUUGAAAAUCUUUUUCCAGACACCUGCCCCUUUAGGGUUUUUUUGUAAUGGAACCUCCAGUUUUUAAAUCAAGAUAUUAAAGGGGGGGGAGACAGGUUCUGAACAUGGAUACUUUUAGCAAACGCUACAUCUCAAUAACCCAUGGAGGAAAUGGUUAGCUACGCAAUAGUCAAAUACAGUGUGUGUGUGUGAUUUCUCUCACUUCUUUUCCCGAUACACAUACAAAAGUUUUCUUUCUUUCUUUCUUUCUUUCUUUCUUUCUUUUUUUUUUUUUUUUUUUUUAAGCUGUCUUUAAAACUCAUUAAAUCUAAACUACAGUCUUCUGGAAAGGUAAGGGUCAAGUAAUCAAAAACGCUUCUCUUAUAUAAAAAUGAGAAAAUUUGGAAAAUCUGAAUAAAUAUGUAAUAACUUCUCCUGGUUAAAAAUAGGUGUGCUGAAGGAGGAAACUUCUACAAGUAAGAAAAGUUCUGGAAUAGAUUGCGGCAGGAUUGCCACCCUUUAGGGCUGUGAGGAUGUAAUCCUUUUUAUAUAAACAAUGACAAUUUGGGGGGGUUGUUUUGCAUUAGUUUUCUCUUGUGGCCCAAAAGUGCUAUUUAAUACUAGAUUUCUCUAGCUGAGGGGGAAAAAGUACAGUGACUGGUCAAGUACAGACAAACAUUUUGCAAUGCUAGAUAAUGUUCACACACUGAAGAGUGUAUUUAGGUUCUGUGUUCUGAAUCUCUUCUACAGCAUAUAAGUUUAAGUGGAGAGAGAAGAAUACUCACAGAAAUAUUGUGCUAGCAUAAAAUAGCAAAACACCUUGGACAUAGGAGAGAGGUGGUUUAUUCUUAGAAACUGAAAUAUCAGCUUCAUUAUUCUGAAUGUUUCGCCUGGUGCUAAUUUUAGAAGGGCCUUUCAGAAGGUUGCUGUCCAACCUGUUUUCCAAGCUGGGUCUCUGGAAACAGUUCUGUGUUUCAUAUGGAGAAAUUACUGAUAUAUUUUUAAAAUUUUGAUUGUAUCUUCCAGUUCUAGGCUGUAGAUUCAAAUCCUACUGCUGUCAUAAAUGGUUAUUACUUGAUAAUAGCUCAUUGGCACCUAUGGGUAUGUAAUACCAGUGAACUGUACAACUGCUUUUAUGUCCCUAUAUUGUAAAUGAAUAAGGAAGCUUCAGGUUCCAGGAUGUUUAGGCUUGAAAUCUUUCGAUUAGUGCCAAAUUUAUGUUCAAGCCUUAAUGCAAAUUACUUCAAAAGCCUGACAAGAAUAUAAGCUUAGAUUAAUAUUGUAAAGUGAUAACUAAAAUCAAAAUGGCAGGUAUUUUGGUAGUAACAGAUGCUUGCAGAGGAGGGAAAAGAAAAGUGAUUUCUACUAGGUUAAGCUUUUGAAAAUGAGAUUGAUGAGGCUUGUUAAGAAAGCAUUAAUAGCUAAUAUUUAUUGCAUAGCCAGGCCUCUACAUGUGGAAGGUUUUCACUUAAUUCUCCUCACAUCCAGGAAUUUGCAUUGCCACAGUAAUGCACUUACAUUUUUGUGUAAAACACUAAUGACCAAUAACCUCUUUUCUUUGAUACUGCUUUCUGCAAGUUGUUGUUUUCCAGAUCGUUUUGCUAUUGUGCUAGUGAAAAUACAGCUGCUGACAUAAGUUUUUACAAAGACAUUUUGGGGGUUUGGGGUUUUUUUUAAUUCCACUAGAGUGUAAUGCCUUUUUUUUUUUCUUUGCUAUACUGUUUAAAUUACAUUGUGAUUGGUGCUUCGAAGCUACCAAGAGAGGCUGAAGUCUUAGGUUAUUUUUGCUGUGCUUAAUAUCUUCAAUUCAUUCUUCUGUAUUUUGUUUCAUCCUGUGGCAAAUAAGGCUGCCAUGUAAAAUGUGUGUGUGUGACAUUUCUAUUUCUUGGCAAAUGAUUUAUAUUAAUUUUUCUUACUACUAUUGAAGUGAUUGUUAGCAGAUUUAGUAAAUGAUGUUGGUAGCCUUGCAAAACUAUGUUUAAAGCAGUUAUAAAUAGAAAACUGUCAUUAUCUUUACAUAUCUUUUCUCUGGGAAGCACAGGUAUGGGAAGGAGCACGUGUGAGAGGAUGAGUGUCAGAUCAGCGUGCUGGUCCAGAGGUUUUCAUUCAGUAGGUUGGAUUCUGUACUCUCAGCAUUCCUUAAUGCAAUUGAUUCAAAUUGUGAAUUGCUAUGCUAUAAGAAGCAGAGAAAAGCUUGUAUUUUGGUUUAGUUGGUGUUCUUUUUCCUGUCUCCCAUAAUAAGCAAGCAUUAUUACUUUCUGUUUUGAAUUUGGAUUAAAUUAAUCUCAGAAAAUAAACUUUUUCUUGAACCAUCUGGGGUUGUGAAACCCCUUUAAAAAUUGCAAAAUAACUUACUGAUAUUUGUAGAAUAUGGAAUAUCAGUACAAACUGUAAGCAGUUAUGGAUGUUUUUAAAAUAUAUCUGGAUAUCCCUCUUAUUUCACCUUUGUGUCUCAUCCCCAUCCAUUCUCCCUGCUCUUCCCCAAAAUAGUACCAGUCACAAAACAUCUAUUUUUAGAUUAAGAUAUGACUUAAACUCGAAUGAUUUUAAGUAAUGUUUGGUCGUUAUAGACAGAGCACCCUGUCAGUCUGUAAGCUUUACUCAGAGUAGUGAUCUAAUUGUAUAAAUACUGAAAUUUUAUCUAUUCAAAAGACAUUCCAAACUCAUGGUCUUGGUGUUAGUUCUGAUAUUUUUUUCAAGAUAUAGUUGAAAUGCCCUAGCUAAGUACCAGGGUUGGACUAGAUUAGCAAUCCUAUAGUUCCCUCCACUGGUGCAUAGAUCAGGCAUGGUAAAACACCAGGAAAUCCUCUGUGUAGGUGUAUUCUGAGACAUGUGCUAUUAUAAGGACCUGCACACAGCUAAAAAAUUGUAAUACCAGAAAUCCACUUUCAGGUAGGGUCAGUGUAUUCAUGCAUUUCUGAUAAAAUCUAGAAUGCCCUAGGUUAUUUCUUAUGUGAAUGGUUACAUAAUUGAUAUUUUACAUGAAAUCUCAGUAAAUCUAAAUGUAAACAUUUCCUAAUAAAAGCAGUAAAAUACAUUCUCUUAAAAAAAUGCUUAUCUGAAAUUGGUCUAAUACAAAAUGUUAAUUGUAUGAUCUCUCCACCAAAAUCAUGACAUGUUGAUUGUAUAGUCUAACUACUAGGUUCUGAUAAUUUUAAAUACUUUAGUUAUGUCAAAAUUUAUGCUUUGUAUUCUUACCUUAAUCCUCCUUUACUUAAGGGACAUAUUUUGUUUUGAAAAGAAUACAUUCUAGAACACAUUUUUUACAACCUAAUAUGAUAGAGAGUAAGUGAAACACUGAAAACACUGAAAAGGAUAAUGCAACUUUAAAAUGUAGUCUGUAUGUAUUUGUAGUAAGCUGUCCACUUCUACAUUUGCUGCAUUUGCUAAUAAUCUUCUCUACUGGCUUUUAAUAUCACAAAUGAUCCCUAUUAAGAAAAUAUAGACUUCUAGUUAUAUGGAGCUUCUCUGGAAACCUUACUGUCCUCCUCACUCUUGAAUUUAGGUGAAGUUUAUGCAUUCACAUAUUACAUUAGCAGGCUGAGAGAAUGAGCGGAACUGAGAUCAGCUGACAUCUAUACACAAGCAUUGUAAUAAAGUGUUGUAUGUUUCUGUAAUGGAGUACUAACAUACUGUAAAACAGCCUCAGUCUUUCUACAGAGGAGACUUGAUGCCUUGAGUGAAUGUCUUAUGUUAAACAGCUCUUCAGUAUCAGUGUUAAUUAGGCAAUAAUGACAAAAGAGUUAGCACUGCAGGGUAGUAGCCUCCAACUGCUUGAUAAAUGUGGAGACAAAACUAAAUGUUUAACCUUCGCCUUGACAUUCAGAUUUCAGAACAGGAGACAUCUAUCCUGUUGUAACAUUCCAUUCUGCUGACUUUUUAUCUCUUGCAUUGCAUGGUAAAAAUAAAAUAACACAGACUGGGAUGGCAUUGGAGGGACUGAUGCUAUGUUGUUAUUGAAAAGUAUUCUGCUUGGAACAGGUAAUACUUCUGUGGUUUUGUUUAGGUUUUCUUCUUGACUUUAAUUUUCAGACACAAUUCACUCCUAGAAAUAGUGAUGGAGUAUAGCUUAACUGAAUGUGUCUAGCACAAUUAGAUUAUAUCCUCUGACAAUCCUUGGCAUUAAAUCUAUAUAGCCACGUUCCAUGCCACCCAUUUUGUUAGGAGAACUGAGCUUUUAUUAAGAGAUAAGUGGGCAUGAGUUCCAUUUCCAGCUUUGCCAAUAACUUGGUAACAUAGACUAAAUCAGUUGUCAUGUAUGUGCAUAACUUACCCCCGUUUUAUUACAAAUGAGGGAAGAUCCUCCCCUACCUCAGAGGAAUGUUGAAAGUUAAACUGUGUAAUAAUAAUGCAGCUUUUUGAUUUCUGUACUGUUUUAUAUCCAGAGGGUAGCAAAUAUGAUUGCUGUUCCUGUUAUAACUGACAUUCUACGAUCAAGCUGUUUUUUGAUGGCAUCAGGCUUUUGUUUUAUUUUUAUGCCUCACUUUUAAGGGCAGUAACCAUAUUAACCAUUGAUAAAGUGUUUCCUCUGUCUUUCAUCAAUGUGUUAAAUGAAAAUGGAACACUAAUUUUUAAUAAACUGUUAUAUUUUA